AUGUCGCGGACAUCCACAUCCAUUGAGCUGCAAGAAUACCCUCGAACCCCACACACGAUCACACAGCCAUCUAGCAUCCACCAGAAGGAAAAUGACGCGCUUUCGUUGACUGAAGAGGUGCAGCCCAUCAACACGCUGAGAAAUGCUGUUUCUGCUGAGCUACUGGGGGAGCCAGACAAGAAGACCACUGCAAUCGUACUGCUAACGGUAGUGUGCGUGACUAUGAUCAGCUCCAUGCUGAGUGGUGUGGUAGCGGUAGCGCUGCCCUCGAUCGCAAAAGAGCUAGAGCUGGGGCCUGAUGUACUUCUUUGGCCCAUCUCGAUCUACGCCCUUACAUGCGGUUGCACACUACUCCUACUGGGCUCCAUCGCAGACGUUGUUGGAUCGAGACCUAUGUAUCUUAUCGGCUGCUUCCUCCAAUCCGGCUUUACGCUCGCCUGCGGUCUAGCAGAGACCAGUACACAGAUUAUUGUCUUCCGUGGCUUCGCUGGGAUCGCCAUCUCAUUCUGCUUACCUUCAGCGGUGAGAAUCAUUACCAGUACCUUUCCACAAGGCAAGAGCAGAAACAUUGCAUUUGCCUCAAUGGGCGGAGGCCAGCCAAUCGGAUUCAGCGUGGGAUUGGUGCUAGGAGGUGUAUUUGCUGAGACAAUCGGGUGGAGAUGGGCUUUCCACAUAUCAGCCAUUAUCAACAGUGCAGUUUUUGUCAUAGCCCUGUUUGGAUUACCAAAAGUUAAGGACAAGAAAGAGAAUGUUUGGUCUCGCAUCAGGAAUGACAUCGACUGGGUCGGGAUUGUUAUUGGUAGUGCCUCGGUGGCGCUCUUGUCGUACUGCUUCAGCGUCAUCUCAAAGAGUACCGGCAAGAUCAAAGAACCAGAGACUCUCUCUCUUCUAGUCCUUGGCUUCGCUCUCAUUCCCUCCUUCAUCCUCUGGGUGGGACGACAAGAGAAGCUCGGCCGCCCAGCUGUGAUCCCGAACUCCCUUUGGCGCAACCGGAUCUUCAGUGUCAUCUGUAUUGGCGUUUUUGUCGUUUGGGGUGUGUUCAAUGCCAUAGAAUCAUGGCAGACACUCUUUUUUCAGGACGUACAAGAAAUAUCACCCUUACAGACGAGUUUGCGAUUUCUGCCUACACCUAUUGGUGGAGCGCUGUCUAACGUGGUCAUGGGCCUCGUCGCGCACCGAGUACGCGCUGACUGGGCUUGUCUCGUUGGUGUCGCGCUCACCAGCAUUGGCUCGCUGCUCAUGUGCAUCAUACAACCAGAAUGGACAUACUGGGCCUGCGCGUUCCCGGCCGUCUUCCUCAAUCCCGUCGGCGCAGACGUCUUAUUCACAGUCUCCAACUUGGUCAUCACUGCGGUUUUCCCAGCGCGCGAUCAGGCGCUUGCAGGAAGUGUUUUCAACACGGUUGCGCAAAUUGGCAAGAGUGUGGGCCUUGCUACCAGCGCCGUUAUCGCAGCAAGUGUCACCCAGCACUCCAAGAUGGCGGACAAAGAGAGCCCGGUCGCACUUAUGGAGGGUUUCCGAGCGGCGUUCUGGUACGUAUUUGCCUUGAGUUGCGCUAUAGGGGUGCUGUUUGCAUUUGGAUUGCGGGGAAUCGGCAAGGUUGGUAUGAAGAGGGAUUAG